AUGGCCGCAAUCAACCCUCCGCCGCUCAUCCCGGGCAUGGCUGCGCCGCCUGCUUUGGUGAACCCUCCUACGGUAACGGACGCCAAGGUUGCUGAAGAGUAUCAUAUCCGUAUUGCGACUCAAUGCCGUUUGCACGUUCCCGGAUUUACAGAUCAGAUGUACAUCGAUUCGAAAAUUUAUUCGAAUGAGGUGCUGGCUGCUGUUGCCCUGAAUGCUGUCCCUCAGAAUGUCGCCCUCGCCGGUGCUCCUCUGUGGGCACAGCAACUGAAUGCCCGCAUGGCUCAGGUCGACCAAAAUGUCCAGCAAACCAGUCAACAGCUCCAGCAACAAAUGCAACAGCUCCAGCAACAAAUGCAACAGCUCGGCAACCGCUUCCAGCAAAUUACCGAUGUCGUGGACGACCUCAAGCUUAUCGUUAUUCGCGCUAGCAACAUCAUAAAAUGCGGAGGUGCUCCCGGGAACGCUCUUGAAGUUAUUCCGGUCCUUGACCCUGUUGUUGGGGCGGUCGUAAAUCCUGAUAAUUUGUCUGCAGCUGCAGGCGGACCCUUGCCACUUCUCCUUGCGAGUGAAGAUCCCCGGAAUCUCACAGAUGCAGAACUUCAGGCCUACCUGACAGGCUACAACUUGCAAGGGGCUGGGAACCGUGCUAUUGAUCAAGCGACUUUGAUGCAGCACCUGGGUAUUGUCUAG